GUGUUUCCUUCCUUGCGUUCUAAACAAACCUAUCGACUUCUUUUCACGAUGUUAAUUCUUAAGCGUUCUGCCUACUACUUGGCAUUUUGUGUAGCUCUGACAAGAUACCUUUCAUCCUGCUCAAAUGUGGACUUGGAUAAAUGCUAUGGAGAAGAGAAUGAAGCGACAUAUUCCGCAUGGGAUGAAACAUCACCUACGAAUAUGCCCGACAUAGGAAAUUCCUCCUAUGGGCUGAAAGGUAGACUGGCGAUUGUCACAGGUGGUGCAAGUGGAAUCGGCAGGAGUGUUUGCUUAGUUCUGGCUCGCGAGGGCGCCAUAGUCGUGGUGGCUGACAUAAACUCAACAGGCUCGCAAAUAACCCUCGACAUGUUGAAAGUCAUUUCAGGGCAAGAAAGCGAACACAUGACCGCUUAUGUUGAUGUAAGAAAUUCAACCCUGGUGAAAGAAAUGUUUGAAUGCGUCAAAGGUGCCUACCCUGAUAAGAACAUUAGCAUUGUGGUGAACAGCGCCGGUAUCAUGCACAAGCCGACGCUCCUGGUCAACUUGUCUGAAUGUUCAUAUGACAAUACGGUGGACACAAACCUAAAGGGAACGUUCCUUGUCACACAGGAAGCUGUGAGAUACAUGCUGGCCGACAACGACACACUAGGGGCUAUAGUGAACAUUGCCAGUAUAGUUGGAAAUGGUGGCUUCCCCACUGUGAGUGCGUACGCAGCAUCCAAGGGUGGCGUGAUCGCGUUCACAAAAUCCGUGGCCCGUGAGCUCGGAACGUCGCACAUCCGAGUCAACGUCGUCCUGCCCGGAGGCACCGAAACACCGAUGGCUCAGAAGUACUCCAACGAAACCAAGCGAAAGAGGUUACAGCAAAUAGUGCCCAUGAAGCGGAACGCACAACCCCUCGAAAUAGCGGAAGUGAUCCUCUUCCUGUGCAGCAACAAGUCCUCUUACAUGACUGGAUCGCCGGUUGAUGUAGCGGGCGGAACGUACAUGUAA